AUGGCAGAAACACAUUAAUAGAAAAAGAUUUAAGUAUUAAUUGCAGCAUCCGGAAGAAUUUAAAAAGAAUAUUAAUAGUAUAAAAAUGAAAUUAAACUAUUCGAAAACAUUAUAUAAGGAAUAGAAAAUAAUGAAUAAAACGAAUCAUAUAUAAAGAAAUAUGUAACCAAUUAUUUUUAUUAUAGAAUGAAUUAUUAGUUGAAUCAAAAAGCAUGUUGCCUAAUACAUUUUUAAGAUUGGAAGAAAACAAUUAAAACUGAUUGAUUUAUUAGCCGAAUCUGGAUAGAUAAAUGAGCAACUAAAAGAAGAAGCAUUAUAAUGCAUAGAUCAAGCCUAAUUGUUCCUUAAUUUUAUAAAUCCUGUUAUGAUUUGA